AGCAACUCUCAUAAAAUCACGUGAGCCUCCCACCGACAAAAGGAAUAUAUUCGGGUGGAUGUUUAUGCCGCCUUUACAACUUGAGUUGGGCCCCAAGCCUUCAAUAUAUCUCGAAAGUCCACCCACGUGUCUACGCUGAAGUAUAAUCGGGUAGAUGUUUAAGCCGUCCUUACAACGCAAGUUGUCUCUUAAGUCGUAAAUCUAUCCCUAAAGUCGAUGAAGCCUUCCUGGUUCAUCGUUUCGCGGCCAAAAUAUGCCCCGUCUUAUAAAGUUCAGCAAUCAUGAAAACGCAGGGCUUGCUUGGCAAGAAAUCCCAGCAGCUUCACUUUUCAAUACGAUUUCUAUUCCUACCCAAUGGUAAUCUUAAUUUAUGCCACGAGCUAUUCCUCUGUUCAAUGUCGCAGAAAAAGGCACUUGAUAGCCUGCAAUUCGGCUGCGACGUCUACUGGCGCGACAGAGCACAUACCGUAUAUACGGCCGUAAAUGAGGCAGCAAAUCUAGUCAAGGGGCAAGAUCUACAAGCAGGCAAUUGAAAUAUACAUUUUGUAGCUGUCAGGAGCGUUAAUGCUUACGUUUAACCCUUUUUCAGAGUCUCGGGAGCAGCAUUAAGCUUAGUCUCGCCCGUGAGAGGAUGCAGAAUUGGGGGGUAAUUUGAAUAACCAGAAACAUCAUUCUAAGAUUAUGAAGUUUAAGACGUAAUGGAAUCAAUCGUCGAAUUGCUUCUUUGUUCUGAGAUUUGAAGAAUGGUCACUAUAUAAUCCUCUCGAUCCCCCCCUUUCGACUAGACUCACCCUCCAAGCUCUCAAGUCUCAUACUCAAACAAUACAAGCAAAGCAACAUACAACCAACCCAUCCAGCACAAUGAAGUUCCUCCAGCUCCUCGCUACUUCCGCCCUGCUCGGCCUCUCCAUGGCCAACCCAACCCCUGACGCCAACGCCGACGUCGAGAUCCCUGCCGACCUUGACAAGCGUGCCUGCACUUCCCUCUCCUCCGCCAAAUGCCACGGCUCCAGUGGUGUAAGCGGCGGCAUCUACUGUGGCUACUGUGCGGCGAUUCAAGGUACCGAUUGGGCGAUCGGAAAUCACAGGUACUAUGCCUACCAGAUUAAUGGGGCCACAAAGUCUUGCUGCUCCUAUGGAUAUCGGGACUCUUGUGAGAAGAAUGCUGGGUCUGCUCUCCAGUGCCCAUUUUGAGGGUUGAGCUGGGUUUGAAAAGAUCAAUGGGAACGGAAGGAAGGGAGAAGGGGGAAAACACCAAAUAAAUUAUUUAGUGAUUCAAAUAUAACACCCCAUCAUCGCCUUGUAACUGCAUCUAGGGGG